AUGUUUGCCAAUGUUUUACUAUCAGUGAAGAGAUCUUCGUAUGUUACUUUACAACAAGUAACAUGUCGAACAAUUGUUUCUAGUAUUGGAAUGGAUUCUACAGGUCGUAAAAAACGACCUGUUUGGAAAAAAUUGAUUGCUGAACAUGCUCCUUUACUUUUACCAGCUGCACAUGAUGCAUUAACAGCUAGAAUCAUAGAACGUAUAGGUUUUAAAGCUUAUCAAAUUGGUGGUUUUGCUUUAAAUGGCGCACGGCAUGCAUAUCCUGAUCUUGAUUUAACACAUUUUGGUGAAGAACGUCAUGGAUUCUAUGAUAUUAUUUCAGCUUCAUCAUUACCUGUAAUGAUUGAUGCUGAUGAUUGUUACGGUGAUGUCAAAAAUGUUACACGAACAAUUCGAGGAUAUGAAGCACUUGGAGCAUCAGCUUUAUUUUUUGAAGACCAACAAGCUCCGAAACGAUGUGGUCAUUUAAAAGGUAAACGACUUAUAUCUACUAAAGCUAUGGUAUGGAAAAUUCGUGCAGCUUUAGCAGCACGUUCAGAAUCAGAUUUUUUUAUAAUUGCUCGAACAGAUGCUAUCGAAGCAUAUGGUCUUGAUGAAGCAUUACGUCGAGGUGAACAAUAUUUACAAGCUGGUGCCGAUGGUCUAUUUAUUGAAGGUCCACGAAGUAUAGAAGAUAUCGAAAGUAUUGGACGACAUUUCAAAGGUGCAUCACUUUGCGUCAACAUAUUUGAAGGUGGUGGUCGUACACCAUGGGUUUCUCCCAAUGAUUUACAUAAAAUGGGUUUUUCAAUGAUUCUUUAUCCAACAACAAUUUUAUUUCGUGUUACACAUGCUAUUGAACAAGCUGCAGCAGACUUAAUCGCUGGAAAACAAUUAUCAUCAAAAGAUAGUGUAAAUUUUAAAGCAUAUGAAGAUAUUGUUGGAUUACCACAAUGGAAAGAAAUUGAAGAAAAAUUUCAUCAUGAAGAACAAUAA